AUGGCAGAAGACGCCAGCAUCGGACGAUUUGUCCGACGAUCCUCAGAGCUCGAACCUGAGAUGUUCUCGGAAGACAUUAAUGUCCUGAAUGACUUGCUUGAACAUGUCGAGCAUAAUAUACAAGGCAGUUAUGGCAUGUUAUCGGAUCCUAUCAACAGCAAUCGAGAAGAACUGAAAAUAACCCUGGAUGCGCCUUUUGACAAGGAUGGAGGAGACCUUGAAGAUCUUCCACAAUUAAGCUCCAUCGACCCAUUCGAGGUUGGAGAAACCCUGGCUGAAGAUCAGGUCCUAGAGGAUAUGCUCGAGGCCAGUCGUGAAGACACUCGAUCCCCACAAACUUUCAACCCAUCUAAUAAAGACCCUGCCUCCCAUAAACGUGGACUUGAGAGUCUCGAGCUUAGGGCUCUCGUUCUAUCUCUUGCCUCAGAAGAUGGGGAGGGAGCUUUGGAAGCGUUUGUUUCUUCUAACGGCUCCGUGUUCGAAGUACAACAUGGAAAUACUCGAGUGACUCUCCCAUCUACUAAUCGUGAUGAUUCCGGCCUCUCAAGCAUCGGAAACGUGAUAGAACCGCAAGCUGAAGAUGUCGUCGAAGUCCUCGCCCCGCCACGACUUCAUCCGAAGAUUCGUCCCAACAGACCACCUCACGAGCGUGAACAGACUUCCGAGACUGAUCUUUUCGCGGAGGAAAUAGAUGCAGAUUUCAUAAAUUUCGUUGACGCAGCCCUAUACAGAGCGGAGGAGACGCCGGAAGAGAAAAAGGUGCCGAUUUCUAGAUCCCUGAAAAUUGACGUGCCGAAGCUCUCACCUGUGCAGUUCACGCAUGGUCUUUGCGACCAAUCAAGGGACGACAUAAUUUCUGAUAUUUUCGAUGAACUCAACCUGAAUCUCUCAUGGAGCAUGCAACGCCUAGAGGAGGACAGGAAGAUGAAUUGGGUACCGUUCAAGCAUUCAACGAUGAUCAAUCUGGAGGAGACCAUCAGUGAUGAUAGUGAACGAUUUUUGAAGCUCAUCAGUCCACCAACAGAUGUUGUUCAGAGUGCUCAACUCCUAUUCAAGGAGCCUGGUUUGAGAAUAUUAGAUUCUAACGAAUACGAUGAAGAGGAAUUGGAGGUAAGGGAGGAGCUAGCCAACCUGAUACCGGAGCAGGAUACGCCUAGCAUUCCUCGGAAACGACCUUCAAUCGACCACCUUCUGGCUAACUUACCUGUGAAGAGAGUGUUGCAAUGUACCAGCGACAAUGUUGCUGAUAGAGACGUCACCACUGAACGACUGAAGCAGCCUCUUAGUGGUGCUUUCUCCGCAUCUAAUGCUCUAGAUACCUUCUUGGAUUUGCGAGGCAGCAAGUUCAAAAGGAUGCCGUUGACACCCACGCGACUAUCAGCAGACGAAAUUGAAGAUGAUCCAAUUCAGACACAAACGCAAGAAAAUAGCCUCGCUAAGGUCUCUCGGGCCCCGCAGCAAUGCAGUGAGUCGCUGAUCAAUACUGCGUCGACGAUACAAGUCCCAGCAACCCCAAUGCCGGCUAGCACCCACAAACAACAGGAAAUCAAAAUACCGAAAUCAAAGUCCUUAUCAUGGAGAAGGUCCAUAAUGGUCGAUACCUGUAUCUUGAAAACACAUCGAUCUUUACUUGCGUUCCUAGAACACCGGGGUGGCUGCAGUUUGGACAUUAUCUAUCGAGAAAUGAGUUCUGACCAUGGAUAUUCAAAUGCAAAACCAGAUCAUCCAGAGAUAAUCCUCAAUCCAGUUUCCUGUCUCAUUUUCACGAACCUCCAGGCCAUCAAUCAGAGGAGCUUACCGGGGCAGAACGCGACGUCCUCGGAUAACAAGGUGCGGAGGAAGGUGCAAGUACUGGCACAGGAUUAUGAUCAUGUAUUUGUCGUCGCCACUGUUUCCAGAAUACUAGGCGAUGCCUUUCCUCAAAGCCACAUGGACGUUAUCUCUACAUUCACAGGAUACUGCGCCAGCUUCAUGUCGGCCAUUGUGACUCCUGUGUGGGUUGUUCCAGAGAAAGUCCCGGCCAAGACAGACGCAGCAAUAAAUGCGUGGACAUGGUCACUCAUAUGUCAACAUGCAUUCCCGGCAAGUAAACAGUCAAGCCCGGUAACCUUGAUUCACGAUGAAACAAGUUGGGAGCACUUCCUUCGGAAGGCAGGCAUGAACCCGAUGUCAUCACAGGUCGUACUUGGGAUGCUGCAUAAAGACUCGUCCACGCAGGAAGACCAUGCCAACGAGCCUUGGGGCUUGAGCAGACUUGUCCGCAUGUCGACGGAUGAGAGGAUGAAGAGUUUUGAGGGUGUCAUCGGGGAAAGAGCAGUUGGGAGGAUCAGUGCUGCCCUGGAUCGCGAAUGGAAUUAG